AUGCUGCUGCUGUUCGCGGUCAGAUGUGCCACUGCCUACGAUCUCGCGAACCUUCCGAACAGAGGCAUCAACCGCUACGCCAUGGACACCCUGGAGGGAUCAAACAGCGGUCCCACCCCCAGAUACGUCUACAUGAGACAGCAGGGCCUGGGACUGCCCUUCAGCCAGAGUCUGGAGAAUGGAUAUGGGCAUAGCCUAACUCAGAGUUUAAGCGGUUUUGGCGGAGGCUCUGGAGGCCACAUUGGUGGUAGCAUUGAUGGCGGCCUUGGCGGCCGUGUACACGGCAGAGCUGGUAGCAGACACAUUGGCCAGGGUGUACCCUUCGGCCUCAACCACGGCGUUGGUCAAGGCCUAGGCUACAGUCUGGGUCGAGGAACGGGUCACGCUCUCGGGCACGGCAUCGGCCACGGGUUCGGACAUGGGUUAGGGCACGGUUUCGGACACGGCCUGGGCUUGGGGCAAGAAAUGAAGCAUGGUUUAAGCUCCGGUUUUGAUCCAGGGCGCGGAAUUUUCGGCGGGGGGCUGCACGACGAAUUCUCUUAUGGGGAGAGUAAAGUUAUUCAGGGUCCAACGUACCUAGUGCACACCUACGGAGGAGAGCACGAGCGAUACGGGAGCAGGUCCAAGAGUUACGCGGGCAAGAGCCACCGAGGCGGGCAUCGAAACCGGAAGGUGAUCGUCCUGAAAGAACGAGAUCGCCAUGGUCACUGA